CUUCCGUACUGCUUGACUUCUUCGCUACCGUGUGGAGACACUCGCGGAGCCGAUGAUCCGCACGACUGCGCCGGCAACGGCCACGUCGACGCCAGCGCGUCAAGACGACCACGACGACUGGGAGACCGCGGCCGACGGCGCAUCCAACGCCCGAGCUCCCGGGUCAAUAUCUAUUGCAGCGAGGCCUCAGACUCAAAGCGACGUGGACGGUGCAACACGCGCCAUGCAGGGCCUUCGGAUUCUGCAGCCACCUCCAGCUACCGACGACGGUGGCAACUAUCCACAACAGCAGUUUGAUGGUAGCGCACCGGUUGGAACUGCCACUGCCAGUGCUCAUGGACCAUUGGACCCUGUGCUUGUCGCAGGACUAGAGAAUGCACGCGAAAGGAUGACGCUGCUCAAAUUCGAGGACCAGAUCGUACGCUUCCUCAAGAACCCGAGGGAGCCGCACCUCAACUUCCCUCCGUUGUCGUCGUACCAUCGGCUCAUUAUCCAUCGCUUGGCGCAGCGCUGCGGAUUGGAGCAUCAGACUGCGGAUUACAAUCCGUACGAGAACAGUUCGGCACGGGUAGUGACGCUGUUUAAAACCGCGCAGUCGGCUGUGCCCCGUGUGCUGCUGAUCGACCUGUCGCCGGAUCGACAGACGCCGACUGUGACGCCAGCGUCUGCACCGAAGAUUAUGAUGCGAAAGCGUAGCGCACCCAGACCCGGUGCCAACGGUGGACGGGGUAACGGCGCCGACAAAGCCACACCAACUUUACAGGACCGUGAGCGCGCGUACGCUGAGGCACGAGCAAGAAUUUUUGGAGAAGACAAUGGAAACGCCGUGGUAGAAUCAGUUUCUACUUUCUCACCACAUGGGAGUCGACAAGCUGUAGGACCGGAUGGUAGCAGGGGGUUUGGUCGUGGUCGAGGAGCUUCUCCAUCCUCUGGAAACCCAGGUGGUAACGAAUACCCCCGACCGUCCCAACCAAGUGCUCUGAAUGCUGCGAGCUGGAAAGAAAGCAAAGUCUUGUGGCGCAACCGUGAACAGGAGCUGAACGACCCGGAUUUUACGCGUAACCACGACGCCUUCCGUCCUCGCUCUAGCGGCGGAGCGUCGAGUGGAAGCGGCAGUGGAGGCGAGUCGCCACACUACGGCAACCGCUUCGGUGGCGUGGGACGAUACGAGUAUCAAUCCCAGCAGUUUGAUCGAUCCUAUGGAUAUCAACAGACUGGCGGUGCUCCACCUCCACCUCCGCCAAUGCCCAUGGGAUCGGGACGCGGCCGCUAUCAGGUUGGCGGUCCCGAUUACAACAAUAGAGUAGACACCAACCAGUACCAGAGGUCCCCGCACCAGCAGUACCUCCCGCAACAGCAAUUCCAACAACAGUUGAACCCGUCUCCGUCCAUGGUAAUGGGCCGUGGUGGGUACGGGUACCCUUCACCCCAAGGCCGACCGUCGGCGCGGCAGGGAAACUGGGUGCCGCCGCAUGCCAAUACUCGCGCAGUGGGCAACGGCAGUGGGUUUAUCGAGGACGACUUCCCGCCACUCGGCAAGUAA